AAGUGUUGUAACUAACACAGUCAGCCUUACAUCAAGCACAGCCAUAGCAUCUCUGAGCAGAUCACAAGUUCACAACACCAUGGCGGAGACCAACGCGUCUUGUCUCAAAAUUUCAGUAACUGACUUCCCAGACUUCAUCACCAUAAGGGGUAGCCCGCCACACAUCUCGGUGACAGGAAUGAUGGUGACAGUUUUCGACAUACUGGCUCAACACUUCAGCUUCUGCUACCAGUAUGUUGUGCCGGCAGACAAGCUCUACGGUGAUGUGUUUGACAAUGGGACAGCUACUGGGAUUAUUGGUCAAGUAAACAGAACUGAGGCGGACUUCACAGGAAUAUUAGGCAGCACGCUGAAACGCCAUCUCGCUGUAGACUUCAGUGAGCCAUUAUUUAUGGACGAGUUUGUGGUGUCUUACAAGCGACCAGUGCUGGGUUCUGACAUAGCUGGCUUUCUCAAGCCCUACACCCCCCUGGUGUGGCUCCUCAUCUUCCUGACUACAGUGCUCAUCUUUGCUGCCACCUGGCUCACCCUCCUAGGACGGGCGGUUCUUUCAGCUUUCUUUCCUUCAGACACUGUGGAGGCUGGAGAAUGUCAUCCAGCAGGAGGAAGGUUGGACUACCUGGCUGCCACCCGUCACACAGCAGACCUCUCUGCUAUGUGGACUGUCUCUAUACUGUUCUGUCAGGACUGCCCGUGGGCGCCUGUGAUGUGGUCAGUGCGAGUGAUGACAGGGUUGUGGAUGGUAACCGCCUUCAUCCUCAGCACUGUGUAUCGCUCAAACCUCAAGGCCAAGUUAAUCACCCCCAGGAUCAGCCUCCCCUUCAACAACAUCCAUGAACUAGUAGAGUCUAAGAUACCAGUUUUUGUCAGCGAGUCUAACUACGUGCACCAGACAAUUAUGGCGGCGUCUGAGGAUUCCCCAUUUGGUCAACUGCGUGGCCAGAUAUUUUGGAACAUGGAAGUGCCGAAGGUCAUCAGGAACACCUAUGCUGGGGUCCAUGCCACCGUGUCAACACUCAGCUCCUUUAUGUUCAUCGAGCACAAAGUUUUUAGCAAGACAGGCAAGUGUGGGCUGUUUGUGAUGCCUGGACGGAUCUUGCAGAGUCCUCCAAUGAGUAUGGCUUUCCAGCGAGGAUCUCCGCUUAAGGCGAAGUUUGACGUAGUGAUCCGGGGACUGAAGGAGUUUGGCAUCUUGGACCACCUCCUGCAGCAAUGGGUCUCUAACUUCACUGAAUGUCUUUGGCGUGGCACAACCCAGACACCCACCGCCCUCCGUGCCCUUGAGCUGGGAGACUUCUACGGCCUCCUGUCCAUCUACGCUUCAGGGUUGGUGAUGGGUCUCCUCAUCUUUUUGGUGGAGGUGAUCACGAAGCCCAAAACUUGGCAGGUGGAGGUGGAUCCAUUUUCUACAGGGCCAGGUGAGGGACAGUGCAGUGGCCUGGUGACAGCUGGACCAAUGGAGAUUCCUCAUUCAUCAUGAAGAAAGGACCACAACCUGUAUUAAAACUGGACUGACACUCGUAAUGAGGACUACUGAUAUCUGAAACCUGCAUGACAUUAUAUACACUGUAUGUAUAGUGCGCAUGAUGUAACAUUACACAAUAAAUGUAUAAUAUGGACACGAAGUAGUACUUUAAGCUGUGUAUUCUUAUAUUACAUAGGAUUAAUACAUGUUCUGUAAUACUUUACUAUACAUAAUUAAUAGAGUAAUAUAAGAAUACACAGCUUAAGGUACUACUUCGUGUCCAUAUUAUACAAUAAACAGACAUAAACUGGUCAUUCUUCUCACACAAGUUGAGCAGUUGAACAUUUUGCAUUUGGACUUCAAAACAUAUCUUACUUGUGAUAUAAAUUUUGUUGGGGAAUAUGUUUAUCAGAUCAGGUGCAUCAUACUGAUCACCUACGACAUAUUGAUUGCCUGUCACAUUUUGAUCACUUGUAAUAUGCUACCGUUAAUCACCUUUUACAUGUUCAUCUCCUGCAACAAGAUGAUUAUAGUAUUUCCAUGCAAAGCUGGCCCAAAUGCCCCACCCCUCGUCUAUAGCUACAAAUAGGUGAUUGGUUCCCCUGAGCAUUUUGACCCCCCC